ACCAAGGUAGAUGUGUGAAAGAGCAGGUGUUCCUGAGUAGCAUUUAGAUAGCAGCAAAUAGUACAAGACACCUGAAGAGUUUUCUACCUGUUGGCACAGGUGGGUUGAAAGGCUACAGGCAGUAAAUUUGUGUGUGCGUGUGUAAAAGCAAUUAGCCACACAGAGGUAGAGAGAGGAACGGAAUACCUGAAGUGCUUGCUGGGGAGUUUUAAAAAAUUCUUUUGUCUUGAGUGAGUUGGCAGUGCUGAAGCAUGUUUAGGAAGACGACUGUGCCGACAAUCUCUAAUGGCAGCUACCUGGAGGAGCAAUCAAAUGGCAAGCUGAACAACACCAAGACAGUGCAGGGAGACAAAGUGAUCCUGAAGAAGAAAGUCACUUUUUUGAGAGGGGUAUCUAUUAUAAUUGGCACUAUCAUUGGAGCAGGAAUAUUCAUCUCUCCCAAAGGAAUACUUGAGAACACUGGUAGUGUGGGAAUGUCUUUGACUGUCUGGACUGUCUGCGGAAUCCUUUCACUCUUUGGUGCUCUCUGUUAUGCUGAACUGGGAACAAGUAUUAAGAAAUCUGGAGGGCAUUAUACAUACAUCCUGGAAGCCUUUGGCCCAUUGCCUGCUUUUGUGAGAGUCUGGGUGGAACUCCUCAUCAUACGCCCAGCUGCCACCUCAGUGAUAUCCCUGGCUUUUGGACGCUACAUCCUGGAGCCAUUUUUUAUGCAGUGUGAAAUCCCAGACCUUGCUGUUAAACUUAUUACAGCUGUGGCCAUCACACUUGUAAUGGUCCUGAAUAGCAUGAGCGUCAGCUGGAGUGCCCGCAUCCAGAUUUUUCUCACCUUUUGCAAGCUUGGAGCAAUUUUGAUAAUUAUAGUCCCUGGAGUUAUGCAGCUAAUUAAAGGUGAAACUCAGCACUUUAAAGAUGCAUUUGUAGGAAAUGCAGCCAGUGUCAAGGGGUUACCACUUGCUUUUUAUUCGGGAAUGUAUGCCUACUCAGGCUGGUUCUAUCUCAAUUUUGUUACUGAAGAGGUGGAGAACCCUGAAAGAAAUGUACCACUUGCCAUUUGCUCUUCAAUGGUUAUUGUUACGGUUGGCUAUGUGUUAACUAAUGUGGCCUAUUUUACAACAAUCAGCCCUGAAGAGCUGCUAGCAUCCAAAGCAGUAGCAGUGACCUUUGCUGAACGUUUAAUGGGAAGUUUUUCUUUAGCGGUUCCCAUUUUUGUUGCACUCUCUUGCUUUGGGUCGAUGAAUGGCGGUAUUUUUGCUGUCUCCAGGAUGUUCUACGUUGCAUCUCGUGAGGGUCACCUUCCAGAAAUUCUCUCCAUGAUUCAUGUCCGCAAGCACACUCCUCUGCCAGCUGUCAUUGUUUUGCACCCUCUGACUAUGAUAAUGCUCUUCACAAGUGAUCUCUACAGUCUCUUGAAUUUUCUCAGUUUCGCCAGGUGGCUUUUUAUAGGAUUGGCAGUUGCUGGGAUGAUAUACCUCCGAUAUAAACGCCCUGAUAUGCCUCGUCCUUUCAAGGUGCCGCUCUUUAUUCCUGCUCUGUUUUCCUUCACCUGCCUCUUCAUGGUUGCACUGUCACUUUAUGCUGACCCUGUCAAUACGGGCAUUGGCUUUGCAAUAACACUGACUGGUGUCCCUGCUUACUACCUCUUUAUCAUAUGGGACAAGAAGCCAAGGUGGUUUAGGAGACUCUUGGACUGGAUAACUUCAUCACUACAAAUAAUCCUGGAAGUUGUUCCUGAAGAGGAGAAGCAGAUAUCCUGAUCUCCCACAGCUUUGGAAAAAGAACAAGAGUUGAACAGGCACCCAGUUUGUUCAUCCGUCAAGUAAAAGAGCUUUCUCACCUUUCCUAGGAAGCUUGGGGAAGCUACAUGAGCACCAAUUUUAAAUUGAUUUCUGAUAAUGAGCUACAGAUGGAACUGUUUUAUGGUGUCAAACAUUUUUAUGAGGGUUUAUCUGCUACUAUAGACAUAGUGACAACAGUCUUGGCAGAAGAAACUACAAGAACUUUGUGGAACAAACUGUGUUUUCUCUGUUAAUGAGAAUACAGUCAAUGUGACAUGAAAUUUCCUUUACAAUAUUGCAUCAUAUGGGGAAAGCUGGUUUUCACAUUGAUGAUUUUUAUUAUAGUGCAAAUGAACAUUUGUUUUAAAAAUGUUCAAAAUAACUAGAAAUAAUAGAAGUAAUGGUAUUUAUAAUCUACGUAUUGGGUGUUAGAGGCUGGUGGAAAUGAAUCUUUCUCAUAUCUCUCCAGCAGCUACCUGCUAGCCUCAAAAAAUGAUGCUAAAGGUGGUAGCUCCUUUGUGGGGAAAAUAUGCAUGGCAAAGUGAGGAAAAAAUGUCCGUCUUGGCUUCUUCCAUCAGAGAGGCCCACUAGAAGAAUAGGUGAGAGGGAUAAUUUGACAUCUUCCCCUCUUUCAGCGCAGCAGCUUGUGUUGUAUGGCUUUUCAUUCACAUUGGUCUCUAAGUCCUUGAUACUGUCUUUAUAAAGCUCACUGAUGGCUGCUAGGGAAAGAGGGAGGCAGGAAAUAAUCUGUUCCACCUUUCCUCUUAUUCUGGGCUGUUUCCACACUACUCACCUUCAUCCUGAAUGCUGCAGAACGUUGUGAAAAAACGCGGAAGAUAGUGUUUUCUCGUGCGAGUUUUGCGCAAUGUCGUGCAAAACUUGUGCAAGAAGACGCUAUCUUCUGCAGUUUUUUCACGACAUUCUGCAGCAUUCCAGAUGAAGGCAAGCAGUGUGGAAACAGCUCUGGUGCUGCUUAGAUCCCAAUCCUACAUUAUAUAUAUAUGGAUGGUGGUACCUUGUAGCACUUCAGUGAGUGAAAAAACGCAGGAGUGAUGGAGAUUAUUUUCUCCAGUCUGUGACCUUGCCCUAAUAUCACUUGUCCUUUCAGUGUUUUGAAGAUGAUUAGGGUGCCAAAUCUGGUUGUGAUGACUGUUACCUUUGACCCAUUUUUCUACACCAGCAGUCCUGAGACAGUCAGUCCCAUGAGCACAAAACCUAAUUCUGUGUUGCAGCAGUAUUUCGUCUUGAUACUACAAAUGUAUUGGAAAAUACAGCAGCUAAUAAAAUUAGAUCAGAAGAGGAAUAGACUAUCUGUUAAAAAGUGUAGUAAUGCAUCAUCAUAACUUGAGUGGUGCUAUGUUCUUUAUAAGUGAAGUAUCUAAGAAUCCAUUUUCAUUAUGGGUGAGUAAAUCUCAAGUCUAGAGUUUGUCUCCCUCCAGUUACUUCAAGUUAAUAAAUACAGUGAUAGAAGACUACCAUAUGUCCUAAACUGACAGGUCAAGUUUUAACACCCCUUAUGAAAUGUUGAUAAAAGAUAUGCCAUUAGUCCAGUGUGCUCUGAUAAUGUAUGCUAAAUCAACACGCUCAUUUUAAAAGAAUGAAGGCAAUUCUUAUGGUGUUAUUGAGCUUUAUGCUAUAUGUUUGUACUCUUUUACUAUGAUAACUGGAUGUAACAUACAAUUAUUUUUCAUUCUAAAUCCAAUUUAAGAAAACAUCUGUAGAACUUCAGUUUCCGAGUUAAGUAGUUAGAGGGUAUAGAUAUUGAAAUCUUAAAAGUUAAGAAAUAUGCUUUCAAAUAGUACAAAGCAUUGGAUUCUUCUUCUAGUUUCCUCGCCAUCUUAUAGUCACCCGUUCCUUUUGAAUAUGCUUUCUUUUUGACCCUGGAUGUUUAGUGGAAACUAGCAACUUUGUUUUCACAUAUGGUAAUCUUACUUGAAACUGGCAGUUAAUCAAGUUGACCUUACUUAUGCUGAGAGCAUACUGCUCUUUUUUCUUCUAGUAUUCAAGAAUCUCUGAUAUUUUACAAUUUGAAGCAUAAAACUCUUAAAUAUUACUUUUUACUAGGAUUAGACCCUUGCAGGAUCUAUUGACUUAGAGAAAUUGUGUCAUCGUAUAAGGUGAAAUAAUAGUGUGGUUUUGGAACACACAUACGCACAAGGAACUUAUUAUUUUAAGUAAUAAAUCGAUUACAUGAGUAUUUACAACUAUAAUCAUACAAAGCUGUUUUAGUGGGGUACUCUUCAUGUUGCAAUGCAGGGAGAAUGGCUUGCAAAGAAAUAUAAUUGCACAAACCCUGAAGAACAAACAAUGCACAACAAAUCCUUGAACUGGAAUACUGAUGGACGGAAGAUUGGAAUUCUAGAUGCAUGACUCAUACUCAGCGAGGGGUCAUAUAGCAGUAAAGCAAGGGUACAAGGAUUGGAAAGCAGGAUAAGGAGCAGGAAUCUUUUCCAUGCCAGCCCCACCCCUGCCUUAGAGGUUAACUCAGCCUUGAUUUUUUCCAAUUGGUCCUACUUCCAACCACAGAGCAUGCUUGGAAAAAGGAAGGCGUGGGAGAGGGGAAGAUGGGACAAAAGUGGCAGGGAAAGGGUAAACUUCUCCCUAUCUUUCCUGCUACUCCUCCACUUAAAAUUUCUCUCUGUUUUAGGUAGAACAAUAUCCUGCUACUUAGAGUCUCUCAGGUUAAAAAUGUUUGGAAAAACCUUUCUCUGUGUGAGAUUCUGAAGAACAGACUAGAAAUGUCUGUAUGGCAGACUAGAAAAUACUGAGGUUAUUAGGACAAAUGAUCUGACAUGGCCUAAUGCAGUGAGUGAGAGUCAUUCCACACAAAACAUCUUACAUGGGGAUGCUCAAAUGACUUACUUUCUGUGUGGUCUUAUAUUCACGUGUACCCUGUCUGCCUUGAAGUACAUGUGUAUCCACAAUGGGAGAACAAGUGUAAAAUCUUUCAGCUGAGCUCCCUGUGUAAGAUGUCUCAUGUCGAGAGACUUUCAGGGUCUGGCAUCUGAAAAAACUACAAAUUCUGUCCUAAUCUGGUACUGUGUAAAAGCCAUACAAACAAUUUGUUUUGAAAAUAACUGGGAUGAACAAAUCCCCUGUAAUUCUGAAUGGAGUAGUAUAAAAACUGGACAUGAGAACAGUGUAAUACAUGUAUAUUAAUAAUAUACUUGGGUAUAGAAAGAGUAAACUGUUGAUCAGUUUAUGCUUUAACCGUAUUAAAAGUUUACAGUUGUGUAGGUUUAGAGCACUUGUUUAUGGAGUAUGAGUGAAUUUUAAAUUUAAAACAGAUUGGUUACAUACUCUUCAAGGAUCCUGAAGGACUCACUGCUAUUAGUGUUCUAGUUCAUUUUCAGAAUAAUGUGCUUUAUCUUCACAGGCUUAUAAACAUGUGUAAAAUUGUUUUUAAUAAUUGAGAGGUUUUCGAUAACUAUUGGAGCAAUCCUAAGCAGGUCUACUCAGAAAUAAAUCAAUUUGUUCUGUGGUGCUUACUCCCAGAAAAGUGUUCUUAGGAUUGAGUCUGAGCUUAUUGAACUAAUAUCCUUGCAAGUAGUAUGUUUAGAAGCAAAGGAAGGGGAAACAGAAAAAAGUAAGGGCAGGGGAAAGAAGUAAUGAAAAGGGCAAAAGCGAUGAGCAGAGUAAGUGCAAUACCGCACUGAUUUACACUUUUGUCUGACAAUCUUUUCAUCUGACAGUCACAAUUCUUAUACAAAGACUUCUGUGUAAACGAGCUAAAUGUUCUGAAAUAGGUCCAUAUGCUCUAAUCUAUGAGCCAAAACCACCAAUAAAGCAGUGGCAUAGCUUCAAUUCAUUUCAAUACCAUUACUGCAAAAAUUGUGUAAAUGUAGAAAUGCUGGAUGUAUUCUAGGAUAUGGUUGUUCCUUGACCAUUAAGCUUUGUUGACAAGCAAUCUCUGUGAAUUUCAGUGGCCGUUGCAUAGGAAUUGUACAUUACUGAUCAUACAGAAUGGGUUAGACACUGUGAUUUCCUCGUGCUAAGUGACAGGCUUUAUCAGACAAAAGGAAUUUCCCUCCAACUGAGGUAUUUUACCUUAAAACUCCGUAACUGUUAACUUUGCUGGCAAGUUUUAAUGCCCCUAUACUUGACAACCUGACAUUGGUACUUUUGCUUAAUGAGAGGCAGGCAAAACUGGUUUUCUGCAAGUAAUAUUUAUUGGGAAUUAAAUACUGAUAAUCAGGCACAAUAUGUCAAGUCACUACAAUGAGAUUUCCAUUUAAAGGACAAAACUGACCAAUUUUGUAAAUGAAAGUCUCUUAGUAACUAAGGUAAUUUCUGAGCAUUAAACUGGAUUCUUGGACAUUAAUGUAACACCUUAAUUAAUCUGAGUCUUAUCAUUAACACUGUAAUUAAUGCAUCUGAAAAUAAUUUGGCAUUUGUUUAAAAUAAAGCAGCCAGUUGUCAAAAUGGAAUUUUCUGCAAAACAAGCAGAAGUCUUCUCUUAAUAAUAUUGUAUGAAUUUUCCUCUUUUCAUUCUGAUUUUUAAAAAAUAUCCUCUUAGUUGGAAAGUUAGUUUUUGCACCCACUGAGAUCUAUUAGAGUGGGAGGGGGAGAAGGGCUGUGGUAGAUAAUAAGGAUCUACUUUCAGGCAUUAUGUAGUCUAAUAUGAUCCAAAAUAGACUAUAGCAAGCCUUGCCAGUAGAAAGUUUUAGAAUGCAAUCCCAAUAACACUUUCCUAAGAGUAAGCCCCGUUUAAUAAAAUGGGAUAUACUUUCAAAUAGAGCUACUUAGGAUUGCUCUCUGGGUUACCUAAUUAUGAUAUCAAACUGAAUCUGGGCAUAGGUACAGAGCAGCAAGUUCUAUGGUGGAUUAGAGCAUAAAAGCCAGUUUGGUGUAGAGCCAGUUUAGUGUAGUGGUUAGGAGUGGCAAGACUCUAAUCUGGAAAACCGGGUUUGAUUCUCCACUCCUCUGCUUGAAGCUAGCUGGGUGACCUUAGAUUUGUCACAGCUCUCUCAGAGCUCUCUCAGCCCCACCCACCUCACAGGGUGAGGAUAAUAAUAACAUACUUUGUAAACUGCUCUGUGGGCAUUAAGUUGUCUUGAAGGACAGUAUGUUGUUAGUAUUAUUAAAACUCCAGCUAAAACACUCUUUUUAAUGUAUUGGGGAAACAAAAUCCCCAAUGAAAAUAGAAUGCUUAUAAAAAAAUCAAACUGUCAGUAUCAAAAUGUGAUGUUUUAAUAUGUGCUGUGGCCAAGUGGCAUGUUUCAUUCUGUGCCUGGAAAAGGUGCUGUAGGAAAAAAUUUUUAAGUUUUUGUGGGCAUGGAAAUUAUAGCCAAAAAAUGUAGUCAGGAUGAAUCAACUUGUUACUGUGGCAUUGUUUUAAUAGAAACACUCGAGGGACAUCUUUACAAUAAAAACAAAUGUUUCAGUUGACUGACAUUGGCCUUAUUUGUGCUUCUUAACUUCUCCUUAAGAAUCUCAGCAGCCUUUUAUUGCUCCAUUCAA